UAAAAAUAAAAGGCCUGGGCAAUUUUAAAGCAAUUUUUUCAUCUUUCAUUUCUUUGGCUGGUUAAACAGGUCUCAGUCUUCCAUUUACGGCUGUUUGAUUAACACCUCAAAAAGAGUUGAGUGCCGAAAAGUUGUGCAGUGGUCGAUAUAUCUUUGUGGCAUUAAAUAAGAAUCUUUCCUGAAUUAUGGAAGAGAAAUACGAUAGAUAUGAGUGCCAGUUAAGUGAGGAGUUGAAGAAAGAAGCUUGGAAAAAUUUGCGUGAAGAUGAAAAUCUACGAGAUCAGGCUCUCGAUCAGUUCAGGGAGUGGAUUAAGAAACAUCCAAAGAUCAAAAAGUGUCGAAUGGAUGCGAAUUUUUUGAUGAGAUUUCUCAGAACAAAGAAAUUUUCCGUGCCAGAUGCAUGCCAACUUCUCGAGAAAUAUCUCACAACUCGAAAAGUUCUUCCUGAACUCUUUGACAAUCUCUGCCUGGAUGAUCCAGUCAUUCAUCAUUUUAUCUCAUCUGGGAGUGUUAUGGUGUUGCCGAAACCUGAUAAACAUGGACGUUUGGUAAUCACUUUCGAUCCUGAACACUAUGACGUCAACAAGUACACCACUGUAGAUGGCAUUAGGGCUACAAACCUGAUCCUCGAACUUGCAAGCCUCAAUGAAAGAGCUCAAAUCUGUGGGAUUGCUCACGUGAUGGAUUGGGCAAAGCUUACACUACCCUUUAUCGGAAUGUGGACAGUUAAUCAAAUCAAGAAUUUUACUCGAUGCUGGCAGAAGACCUUCCCAUUGCGUCAUGGAGCUUUUUUCUUCGUUAAUAUGCCAGCUUUCUCUCUGGCAUUCUCAAAGCUCGUUACUUCAUGUCUCAGUGAAAAGCUUAGGGAUCGCAUUUACAUGGUGAAAAACUGGGAGAACGUUCACGAUGAUUUGGGGCGAGAUGUUCUGCCUUCAGAUUGCGGAGGAAAAAUGUCACGUCAGGAAAUGGCGAAAAAACUUAUGGAAUUGGCUGAGAAGCACCGCGAAGAAAUUCUUGCCCUCAAUGACUUCGAUAUUGAAGUAUCAGACAGUGAUCUCAACUUUGGCAACAGUUACGAUGCUGAUCUCGACUCAGCGAUCGUGGGAAGUUUCAGAAAAAUACAAGUUGAUUGAAAAUAUGCAUUUGUAAUUUAAAUUUCAAUGAUUUUUUUUUCAAAACAAUUUCUGAAAAUGCAAAUUUUGCAGAAGGUUUAAUGGAUAUUUCUUUAUAUUGAUAUUUUGUGGAAUAUUUGAUAUUAAAUUUAAAGACUCAACAAAUACAGAAAAGGGAAUUAUACUUUGGGGAUGAGUCAUAUCGUCAUGUUUUAUAAAGCUAAGGAAAUUUUUCUUUAGGAAAAUCUAUAAUAAACUGUUAAAUCAAAUAGUUAAACUGCAGUAUUUCUAAUAAAACAUUAAGCGAAGUUACUCUAAUAAGCAGGAAACUAAACCUUGUAGUAACAUUUCGUAUUUUACAUGUUCGUAUUUCACAAUUGAUACUGCGGACACUUCGUAUUCUAGGAUAUUUCGUAUUUACCAAAAUGUCCAAUACGAACAUAUAAAAUACGAAAUAUACGAAGAUUCCGUAAACCGGAGGGCGGUGAGGGGGAAGAAAAAAGACGUCUUGAGAUAUUGUUUUAUUUAUCGGGGGUCAUUCAAGACCGGAAGUUGAUAUCACUUACUGUUUAAGCUCCAGGAUGGUGACAAGUUGAAAAAAAAGACGAUUAAUUUCUCUCUAUUUGAGAUCGAGCAGUAAAGUAGGGUAAAUGUGCCAAAUUCCGGCCAGCUUGCAAUUUCGGCCACAUUUUUGUUUAUCGUAUUUCCAUAAUUUUUUGGUUUUUGCAUACUCUAGUGAUUUUACAAUGCAAAAAAUAACAAAAAAUGUCGUUUUGACGAACAAGAUCAUCUGAAAGAGACAUUGGAAAAAAUCCGGAAGGGAAAGGCACUAUGAGAAUUAAGGUGGCCGGAAUAGGCCACCAAUGCCAUGUCUACAUUUUUAUUUAUUUUGAAAUGUAUUAAAUAAGAAAAUAGAGAAAAUGAAGACGAUAGACUGUCUACAAGAUUCCAAGCACCACUCCUUAUUAAAAGAAAUAACAAAAAUCAAUUUGUAUUAAAAAUAUUACAUUUUAAACUUAAGACUUUGGCGCUUGCAUGCAACUAUGCCAAAAUUUGGCACACUUACCCUAUAGGAAUUAAGAAAUUAUAAUUCGUAUCAUCACUUUAAGUCUCAGAUAAGGUGUUAGGUCACAUAUGAUCAGUUUUACUUGGUUUUACUUAUUUUACUGACACAAAUGGAAUAUUUUACUGACCCAAGAUAAUUUGUACAAAAAUUAAUGAAUUAAUUUAAUAAUUUAAUUAAAUUAAUUAAUUUUGUCCAAGAAAAUAGAUUCAGUUUAUAGAAACGUGCUCUUAAAAGUUUGGAUUUAAUCUGUAAGGGAGUUCUCGUAAUUACAACACAAAAAAGAAAUCUAUAUUUUUUAUUGGUUGAAUAAAUAAAUAAACUAUCUAUGCAAUAAAAAUUUCAGAAGCCAAUUAGAAGUACUUCCGAAUAUACACAGACGAAAGCAACUUUAUUUAAGCACUAUAACUAUACAGCAAUGUUGGCAUGGUUUGCAAGAGUAAACCUUCAAACAACGCAAAUUUUCUCUUUGUUUGCAAAGAACUAGUUCGUCAUUUCUUAACCAUAAGAUAGAUAAGUAUUAAGAUAAUGAAACGAGAUGAGAAAUGGUAAGUCAGCUCUUUGCAAACAAAGAGAAAAUUGGCAUCUUUUGAAGGUUCACUUUGUGCGAACCAUGCCUACAUUUCCCUAUAUGAAAUGAAUCUGUACCAGAAAUUUCAAGAAGCUUGAUCGUUUCCUUUUCCGCCAAAAAUUGCGAAAACAGAUAAUUUUUUGUGUUCCUAUUUUGGAGAGCCCCCUUAAUAAAUCGUUUCGGAUUUCGGUCUGAGUCCAUGAAAACGAGUCUCAGAAGAAAAAUUUACAAUAAGAUUUGACCACUGAUGAAGGCUUGGAGACCGAGUCGAAAGCUCUGAGAUAAUUGAUGUGUUUCCCUGAGUGAUUGUAGUUUCCCGACGAUUUCCGGAAUCUUCUACCAUUGAAUCGUUUGAUCAGUUUAUUCCCACAACAAAAAAUUUUAGUUCUAGAUUUAUUUCUUUCCUUGCAAGAAAAAGUAUUGUUUAUAAUUUAAAAUAAAAAUUGAGAAAAUAAAUUGAAUUAUUUUGGGUUUA